AUGGAGUCUGGUUCUACAAACGAACAGUCAUUGGCGACACAGCAGGAACCUAUCGCAAAUGCCACGCAACCCACCGACUUCAAGGUCUGGCGCCCGCCCAGGGGCAGUUCUACGAGCAGAAUAGCGACCAAUAACCUCCCAGAUUCGUAUUUUGAGCCCACUACUGGCGAGAUUAUGGCACUUCAGCAAUCACGGACUGCGGCACGAGAGAGACUUGUGGACGCACCUUUGCGCACCGCAAUGAUCAGAGAGCGCGAAGAGAAGCAAAAAGAGUCGAAAUAUCCGACGACGACAAUACGAGUCAAAUUCCCAGACCAAACUCAACUCGAGCGCGUAUUCCCUUCCACCGACAAGAUUCGAUCAGUCUAUGCAUUUGUGAGAAACUCACUCAGGGAAGAUGUCAAGCCUAUCAAAUUCGUACUCUAUCAAACGCCACCGCGACGGGAGCUCAAAGUGUCGGACUUGGCCGUGCGCGACAAGACGCUUUAUCAACUUCAACUUGCCCCAUCUUCAGUCUUGAUGCUUUCAUUCCUUGACGAAUCCCUGAAUCACAAGGACGUCCCUGCACCAUUAUCAGAAGCAGUGCUGGCUCUGGCGGAAGAUCUACCACUUCCACCAGUCUUCAACGAGACACCGCCAUCGGAACCUGCGAGUUCCUCGGUCGGCGGUAGCAUUGCAGCGCUGGCAGAAAAGAAGAUUCCAAAGUGGCUAAAAGUUGGAAAGAAAUAG